GAUGGAUGCUUGUCCAAGGCGGUUGCCAAUCUCUGACAUUAUGCACAUGGAGGACUCAUAGCGAGGGAAUGCUUUCUGUAUUGAAGGGAGACAGAACUCCGCCACAGCUAAAAGGAGCCAUCUUAUUGCUCCUAGUAGCGCUUACAUUCUCUUCAUGCCUCUUCAUCACAUACAUAUUACAACAGGCCUUCCUGGCAAUCCAGGGGAUUUACUCUCUUCAAAUCUCUGGUGUCAAGGUGGAAAAAUGCGACGCACUAGGAAUCCUUUUCCCUUUUUUGCGGUGCAAAACGGAUGACGACUGAAAUCUGCGUGAAUCAAGUGAAAUUAUAUUUCUGUGGCAAUGUUGUUGGUAUGUGUUGUCCUGUUUCUCAUUGGCUUCAGGGAGCCCUGGAAUAACUCAGAUGUUUCUGCGGUUCUGCACGGAGGACUGGCACCUCAGGGGUUUAUCAGAUCUGGAAGUGAUGCUAACCUGAUGUUUGAGUUCUUAUGGAGAGGACUGGAGAUUGAUGGUGACAAUAAUGUUGUCAUGCGGGAUCAAGAAAUAGCAUCUAUGCGACAAGGGCGAGCUUUCUUAUCUCUUAUAAACGACAGUAUUCCAAAGACUGUGUCUGCAAUGGAGAAGUUACUGGUUAUGCUGGAAGCACAAGACAACUCUUUCACUCAGGCCCGGUUUGAGACCCUCAUCCUCGGGACGAUCUAUUCAGCCUACCAGGCCCGAAACCAGAGGCUGGAGUCAGAGCAGCAGGCCUGGACUGAUAUUCUUGGUCGCCUUGCAAAUGCUACUUUCAUUCAGCUACGUAAGUCUUAACUAACAAUAAACAUACCAGUUAUUCACGUAAAAUCCUAAUCAUUUGUACCUGGCUUAUGUGAUUCAUUAAAGUACAGUUUGUAAUGAAUUAAAAAAUCUGUCAGUUUGAAUUGCUUUAAUUUUCUUCACCUCCAAACAUGGCUUAAUUUUUCGGGUUCUCCAAAUACAAUACAUAUUUUAUACACUCACAAAGACACAUAACCAAGUGUUUGAUGUAAAAGUACAAAAGUUUAUUUUGAACAGAAUAUACAUUAUUUUAGCACCAACAAAAAAGUCUUUAUUUAAAUUUUUGUUGUUCCAGGAAUUAUUCAUUUAAAUGAACAGAACAAAUGAGACCUGAGACAAAGUACUGUAUCUAAUCCUAAAGGGAUACUCCACUGUUUUUCAUAUUAAACUAUGUUAUCCCCUUAACUAAGACGAGUUGAUACAUACUU